CGUGCCUCUGUUUCCUCGGACAGAGAGGUCCAAAGGCCUCCCGCCAGCCACACGAGCCUCCCCUCUACACCUCUACACCUGCCGUCUACACCUGGGCAGCCCAGGCUGGCCUUAAACUCCCGAUCGUCCUCUGCUUCCUGAGGGCUGUGGUUACAGGCACCUGCUACCACACCGGACGCAAGAAUCGUCUCAGGAAUUAUUAGCAGCAGCUUGCGAGAAACGUCCACGGGUGGAAGAGGGAAGAGCCCUGCCACCUUCUCUGGUGCGGGGUGCGGGGGCCGCUCCUUCCCCGGCAUGGCGCCCACACUGUGGAAGGGACUGGUGGGCCUGGGCCUCUUCGUCCUGGCCCAUGCUGCCUUCUCCGCUGCACAGCAUCGUUCCUAUACGCGCCUCACAGAAAAGGAAGACGAGUCCCUGCCGACAGACACUGUUUUUCAGACACUUCUGGCCUUUGCAGUUACCUGUUACGGCAUAGUUCACAUUGCAGGGGAGUUUAAAGACAUGGAUGCCACUUCAGAGCUGAAGAAGAAGACAUUCGACACCUUGAGAAACCACCCAUCUUUUUAUGUGUUCAAUCACCGCGGUCGAGUGCUGUUCCGGCCUUCCGAUGCUACGCAGUCCUCACCCCAGGACGCGCUGGCCUCCAACACGUCAUUGAAGCCAAGAAAAUUCGAAUCACUGCGCCCUUAAGGUUUUUACAAACAAAGAAGCAGGACACAUAGGUGAAGAGUGGAGUUUGGGGUAAAAGGUACACACAAGCACAUGCAUACACACACAAGUAUUUAUAUUUCAGAUAUAGUUUUUUUUAAUCUAAUGGUCUUUGUACAUUGUUAAAUCAUUACUGGAAUGUAAGUUGUCUA